AUACCAACUCUUUGCUUCCAACCAACUUCCCCGCCAUUUUUUCCCUCUGAAUGAACAACGGUCACGGACCAUACUUUCCUCCCCUUUUCUUCCCAACUUUCUUUUAUUUUCUCUCUAACCAAACAUGCACUGCACAGUCUCAAAAACACCACCUUGCUUCCUCACUUUCACAACAAAACUCCCCAGCCCUAACCCUAGACAGAUUCAAUUAACACCCAGAAAACAGAAUCCAACAAAAACACCAUUUAGGUCUCUGAAAUGUAUUCAAAUCCCCAAUUCACAGUAUUUUUCAUCGAUACCGAACACCCAAAACACUAGUUCGUUGAUUUCGUGCUCAUCUGCGGGCAAUAAGCUGCAAUGUUUAGUAUCAGAGUUCAAGUCUCUGUCUCAGCCAAUCGAUCGCGUGAAGCGAUUGUUACAGUACGCGGCUCUUCUUCCUCGAUUCGAUGAAUCAGCUCGAUUGGAGUCCAAUCGAGUCAAAGGGUGUACAACCCAGGUGUGGUUAGAGGCGAAGAUGGAUUCAAAGGGGCUAAUGAGGUUCAGAGCUGAUAGCGAUUCGGAGAUCACAAAGGGUUUCUGUUCUUGCUUGAUUUGGGUGCUCGAUGGGGCGGUUCCGGAUGAGGUUUUGGCGGUGAGGGGUGAGGAUUUGGUGGAUAUGAAUGUGGGAUUGUCAGGUAGGGCUCAUUCGAGGGUCAACACUUGGCAUAAUGUUUUGACGAGUAUGCAGAAGAGGACCAAAACUUUGGUUGAGGAGAGAGAAGGAAAAUCGAUUUCUGAACCUUUUUCUUCUUUAAUGGUCACUAAUGUUGAUGAUAUCAAUGGUAAUGGAACUCACACAGAAACACAGGUUUGCAGCAACUUGUUUUCUGUGUUUUUAGCUCUGUUCUUUACAUAUAUAAAUGCUUUUAUAUUUCUGUUUUUAGUUGAUGAUUAUAUAAGUAGGAAUCAUAGUUCUGUCUUGAAUGGUUUAGUUUGAUUUUUUACUUCAAUUUAUGAGACAGGACAUGGAAAAUUGAUUUAGGAAUUAGCUACACAUCUUGUGAGAGAUUGUAAUUUUUGUGUAGUGGAUGUUGUUUUUUAUUCAAAGUAUAUGGAAGUCUUUUUUAAAAAAUUUAAUUUGGAUUUUUUUUUUUAUGUUUGUUGUAGUUUGAGCUUAUUGUUUUUGGGUAAAAAAGCUUAAAUAAGCUUUAAAAAAGAGUUCAUUAUCAUAAAACUGAGUGAGAGAUGUUUUAAGGUUUUGCUUAUAGAUUAUCAGCUUCCGGCUAAGAAUAAAUUGUAGCAAGUGGAGUUAAAGCAAAUCCAACUUUCUUGGUGAUUUCCGGGUAGUUUACCAGACAAUUUAGAUGUGAAAUCAUUGUCAAGAUUAUUUUUUUUCUACAGAAAAACAGGUCCCGCCUGUUUUAUAAAGGAAGUCAGGCUUUAGAGUGGUCCAUGUCAGAUUUUUUAUUUAUUUUUAUUUUUCUGAGGUUGGUGGCAAGAGAUUAGCUUAUGCUUACCUACAUUUUAUAUUCUUUUAAUCCAUUCAUUAUGGUUCAAACUGGAUAUUCAUUUGGGCAAUAUUAUCCUUGUGUAUUGUAGGAAAGACUUUGCAGUCCUGAAGUAGUUCAGUUGUCUUGACUGGAAUCAAAUGGUAUCACAGUUGAUCUUGCGCUCAAAGUUGCUUUCAGAGUUUGUUGGGAUUUGUAAUAGCAAAAAUAUCAAACCUGAAGAAGCAACAGCUUUGAAAUCAUCCUAGUGGUCUGUUUCAUAAUUUCCUUGUUAGAUGCAUUUUGAUGUGUAUAUGUUUGAAAAACAUAGAUCAAUCAUCAUAUAUGCAGAGGGAUGUAAAAUAGAUUUCUCAACACCCUAAGUUGGUAGGUAAGAUAGGCAUCAUUACUCAAUGAUCAUAAUCAAAUGCAAUCUUGCUCAGAUUGUUUGUGUCAUCUAUAUGUAAAGUUUAUGGAAAACUGAAAGAAACCUGCCAGGUCCAUACAAAUUGAUUGUUUCAUGUAAGAUUUUCUUGGAGUUCAGUGCUAUUUAUGUGCAUGGAGCUACUAUUAAAUGGUUUGGAUCCACUCAGAAUAUUGGAUUCAUCAAGCCUGUGUGAUUGAAUAAACAGGACUCCAGGAAUUCUAGGUUUGAUUUGAUAUAUCAGAAUGAAUACACGAUCAUGCACUUGUGCUUGCUUGCUUUUAUAGUAGGAGUUCCUUGAACCAAUAAAGUACCAUUGGCAGCCAACUGCAUCUUUUUUUCCCCUUUUUUGUUUUUUUGUUUUCUUGUCUAUCAGUUUAUUUAUUUAUAAAUAAUUUGAUAAGGAGUGAUUCAUUUUGGUGCAUAUUCUUCAAAUUAUCGUUUUAUACUUCUGUUGGCCUUUUGUUGUUUGAGCAUUUCCCGCACAAGCAUGUUGGUAAAAGUAUUCUUGUAGAAGAGAACUUUCUAGAAGUUUUUAAGUCAUUGGUCGAAGCAAGAAAUUUCUCACAAAGUUGGUUAUUCGGUUUGCUGAGGUAAGAACUGUAAUUGUUUUCUCAGCCGUUUCUAGAUGGAUCCGGAAGUUGAGGGUGUCUUGACUGCUACUCAGAAGGGCUCAUAUCCAUAAAUCCGAUUAAUUCUGGCAGAUUCGGCAGUAAAAUGGAAGAAGAUGGACAUCAUACUACUCAUUUCCUACAUCUGAAUUUUUAUCUGAGAAAGUAUGCGUGCAGUCCUUGACCAGGCUGUUUUUUUUUUUUGACCAGGCUGGUUUAGAAAGGAACUUUUAAGUUGUAUUCUCAUCACUAAUGUAACUUCGUUCUGGAUGAUAUAUGUGGCACUUUGUAUGGCUUUCUCUAUAUGAGAAGUUCCAGGAAAUAAGAUGCUUUUUUUUUUUUUU